ACGAUAUUCGAGAGUUCUAGUGUCAAGUUGCGGUACUAAUAAUUCCGUUACUUGAUGCUAGAUGUAAUACGAAAAUAAUAAGCGUUUUGAUAAAAAAAACUGUUGUAUGGAGUGAGCAUUCUAUGUUACUAUAUUUUCUCUGUGACUGAAGUUUUCACUUUUUAAAGUUAGAAAAACAGUAGGUACUUAAUAGUGAGACAAACAACACGAUCAAACAACAACAUUUCGUAUAGGUAUGUUAACAAAACAAUAAUGUCUAGAUAUUCCGGUCAUCGUAGGUCACUCUAGGGUAUCGCGUUGAGCUAACUUGGCCCAGGCAUAAGUUAUUAACAACCUCGAAUAUCCGAUAAAUACAAAGAUGCUAAAUUAAUCACAAACUUGGUCAGUCGGCUUGCAGUUUUGCGCGGUGAAACGCAUACGCACGCACCAAGAUAAACCACACAUUCAGUGUGUAAUUUAUCUUUAAAAUGUUUCUAUCAGUCGCGAUUAUGGCAGUGAUUGUGAUUUUAUUAUUUAUGAAUUAUCAUAAAUAUAACUAUUGGGCAAUAAGAGGAGUCAAACAUGAGAAAUGUUUUCCUUUGUUUGGAACCAUAUUUCGGGUCAUCACGCAACAAAUCUGUUUAUCAGAGUACGUCGCAGAGUUGUACCAUAAGUAUCCCAAGGAACAGUUAGUUGGAUUCUCCAUCUGUGGUAUGAAUGCCCUCGUUGUGAGGGACCCUGAACUUAUCAAACAAGUUUUAGCGACUGACUUCCAACAUUUUUAUCCGAGAGCUCUUAAUCCGAACAAGAGGGUGAUAGAACCGAUGCUCAAGAAUUUGUUUUUCGCGGAUGGAGAUCUGUGGAAGCUGCUGCGGCAGAGGUUGACGCCCGCCUUCACGUCCGGCAAGCUGAAGGCGAUGUUCCCUCUGAUCGUGGAGAGGACUGAGCGGCUGCAGCGCACGGCCGCCGCCGCCGCGGAGCGCGGCGCGGAGGUGGACGUGCGCGACCUCAUGGCGCGCUACACCACCGACUUCAUCGGCGCCUGCGGCUUCGGCAUCGACACUGACUCCAUCAACGAUGAUACGUCGACUUUCCGCCAACUAGGCAAAAGCAUUUUUAAUCCAACAAAAAAACAAACUAUCAUUUCUGCACUAAAGUGGGUAUUCCCAGAAAAAUUUAAGCAUUUUCGUCUAUUGCCGUUACAUAUUGAACAAACUACGCUUGCCUUGGUGAAAGGUAUCAUGAUGAGAAGAAAUUACAAGCCUUCAGGCAGAAAUGACUUUAUUGAUCUGCUUUUGGAGCUAAAAGAGAAAGGCACCAUUGUUGGAGAGUCGUUGGAAAGCAGAAAUCACGACGGGUCUCCAGAGAAAGCUCAGUUGGAGCUGGACGAGUUGCUGAUGGCAGCGCAAGUGUUCGUGUUCUUCGCGGCGGGGUUCGAGACGUCCUCGUCGGCGACCAGCUACACGCUGCACCAGCUGGCGCUGAACCCUGACAAGCAAGUCAAGUGCCAGCAGGACAUCGACAAUGUACUCGCCAGAUAUGACGGAAAACUUUGCUUCGACGCCGUCAAAGAGAUGAAGUACCUAGAAAUGUGUUUCAAGGAAGGCAUGCGAAUGCUUCCAUCUUUGGGCUUCCUCAUCCGUCAGUGUGUAAGACCAUACACGUUCCCCGGUACUGACGUGACGAUAGAUGCCGGUGUGUACGUACUGGUCUCCGCGCAGGGUCUGCACAACGACGAGCAGUAUUUCGAGGCCCCGGACCAGUUCCGACCGGAGCGGUUUUGUGAAGACGCAUGCGUCCCUAAGCAUGUUUACCUGCCUUUCGGUGAAGGACCUCGAGCUUGCAUAGGUGAGCGCCUGGGCCUGAUGCAGUCGCUGGCGGGGCUGGCGGGGCUGCUGCGCCAGUGCUCAGUGGCGCCAUCUGCCCGCACCCGCGCGCCCCGCGUUGAUCCUGCCUCUUUCAUAGUUCAGAACAUUGAAGGCGGAUUACCGCUUUCAUUGAUGCCUCGAAAGAUCCAAGCAGCAGUUAAUGUGGAGUAAUUUUAACGUCUGCCCUGAGGGCCUACUAUGAACCACGUUCGACGUCUGCCGCCCUGUCACACUUAUAUAGGUACCUGUAGGGCUAAGAUGGUCGGCUCUUUAUCAUUUGUCACCAUACCUGUCACGUUCUAACAAGUAUGUAAGCGCGAAUGUGACGGGCAUAGUGACAAGUGAUAAAAAUGGAACCAUGAUGCCACCACUGUACACGAUAUACUUUGCAAAACACACGAGUGAUCCUAUAAGGGUUCCGUUUAUUUCCUUUUAGGUACGGAACCCUAAAAAUACACAGAAAACGAAAAACAAGUUUAAGACUAAGUAACAAUAACAACAGGUGGCCUAAUCACUAAAAAGCGAUCUCUUCCAGACAACCAACUGAGAAUUAAAUAUAUUGUUAUUAAAAUA